AUGGACAGUAUUGUUUUAGCGUACAACAAACUAUCAGUUAGCACACUUUCAACAGUAUUCAAGGAGAUAGAAAAAGCAUACGAAAAGAACAGCAAAGAUACAUCUUCUAUGAUAAUUAAAAUACUCUCAGAGACAGAGCUGGAAAGCAACUUACUCGCAAUUUCAUCUCUUCUGAAGCUAAUAUACUCAGCGCUGGACAAGUCAAUUGUUGAGGAAAUUAUCACAAAGAUAGAUGAUUUAAAUCUUUGCUGCUACAUAUUCAAUUAUGGUCUGGUCGAUGACGCAUUUAUAAACUCAAAAGUACAGAAUCUUCUAAAGAAACGGGAUAUUUUAUCUGUUCUGCGUAUACUGCAGAUGUGCAGUGGGAUAUUAGACAGCUCUACUCUUUCUUUAAUAGAAGCUGGCGCAGACUCUGCAAUGGAAGAGUGGGAGCGGCAAGAAGGCCGUCCGUGCGUUCUUCUUAAGUUCAUUAAAGAUUCUGUUAAGCAGAUUCAAAAUGGCCGCAGUCCAUACAGAAACUAUCUACAGGAAGAAAUGAACAGCGUAAAAGUGACGAUCUCAAACAUUCUAAGUAAAUACACAUAUACCAACACAGAAGUGAUCACUACAGCCACUGAUGCAGAUGAGCUCAUAGCAGUAAAAUACGGAAUGAAUACCUCUUUAAAGAAAAAAAUAUUCUCCAUCAUCACCAGCAGCACAGAUUACUAUGAAGCCCAGCGGUCUCUUUAUAAGCAAAUAAUUCGAAAAGUAUGGCACAUUGAAGAAAUUGUUAAAAUAUCAAUUCGCCUGUGCAUUGUAGAGAGCGUGUUCAACGUAUACUAUCCCUCUCUAAUUAUAUCUAUAUACAACAGCUCGUCUAGCAGCCAUAAAGGCGCAGUUAUGAACUACAUAUACCACACGAUUGAUGAACAGGCAAAUUCUCUUUCUAAGAAAACUAUUAAGGAAAUAUAUAAUUUGGGGAUGCUUAUAGGCCACUUAUACGGCAAUGAAGUAAAUGUGCUUAAGCCGCUAGUCUGUCUAAGUAUUAUUGGAAAGAAAGAAGGUGUGCUUAUAAAAGUUGCCAUAAAGAAUAUUCUGAUUCUUUACCAGCAGAAGAAGAUUAAAAAGAUUCGAAAGAUUAAGGAAACAGAGAGGUUUAGAGAAUUCUUCAUGUCAAGGCUAGUGGAUGAAUCGUUCUUAAAGAGCACCGAUCAAACAGAUUUAGAAGCUUUGUAUUCCCAGAUGUUUAUAUAAUUGUAAAAAUUUGUUAAUAUUAGAGCAGAAGGAA